UGAUUACGCUUGUCGUUGAAACAUAAGAGAAGGUCUCGUGUUGAUGUGCAAAAGGUGUAAAAUGACCAAACGGAGCAGCUCGGAGCUCAGAGCAGAAGGACUUUCCUCGAUCUCAUUCGGAUUCUUCUUCGACAUCAAUGCAGAGCAAGCUCGUGGACAUGCAACAUUGAUGUCUUGUCAGCCAGUGAAAGUAUAGCUGAUGCAUUCAUAUCAAUAGAGCUUGUAAAGAAGUGGGGGAUACCGGUAUCAGGAAGAGGCAAUCGAAUCCAAGAAGAUGGUGCUGCGUCGGUCCCCAGUCCGAUCCAGGUCCGGGGAUGCCGUGAGUGGAUCUAUGCGCUCUCAUCAUUCCGUGGAUAGUACCAAUAGCAGUGGAAGCCGACGUGCCCCCAGUCGCCGCAAUUUGAUGCAGCAGCAAUCCAGUCAACGUUCCGUCCGUCGAGGACGCUUAGGGCGACGCUUGCCCAAACUGAAACGAAGUGCCACAGCGACGGGUCGAAUUGGUGGUGUCUUUCGAUCCAUGUGGACACGCCCCUCGCAUCUGGGCAAUCAAUCCGCCAGUGGCAUUCACAAUAAUUCCAGCGAUUGUCACUCGAACAAUAACAGCCACAACAAUACACAAACCAACGGCAGGCAUCAAAACAAGAACGAACUCAACAUUUUCUGCAGUGAUGUCAUUGUCAGUACGGAAUUUACACUCUCCCGCAUGGCAUACGCUCGACAAACCACCUGCAUUACCAAAUUGGAAUUGGAAGAUCUCAUUGAACGACACGACCAAACCCUCUUUUUGGAAGUCCGAGACUUGAUGAUUGCCGACAAGCGUCCCUGGGAGUACGUUCGAUUUGUCGAUCACCUCUACGAGUUUGCCAGAUAUGAACGCUAUCUGGAACUCAAACAACAACUGUGGCGUCUCGUCGAAGACGACGUCCGACAACUCAAAAUUCCACUCCAAUUCCAAGCCAUUUUGGAACUCCAACGAGGAUCCACCGUUGCCACGGCCAUUUCCUUUUUACAACGCAUCCACAAUUGUCCCGACUUGGAAAAAAUUGAAUUUUCCGGAGCCAUGUUUGGAUAUUUGCCACUACGGAUACCAACCGAAUUGCGCACUCUCUGUCAACAUGGUUACGUACGAGAAACUGUCGUUCUCAAGGUGUCUUUUACCGUACCGGAACAAGUCACUGUGGCAGCGGCACGAUUUGUCCAACAGAAUGCCACCGCCGUGGCCAUGGACACGUCCAGCAAUACCGAACAAACACCCAGCGAAUUGUGGGACGUGGAAGGGAGUUCCAAGGAAUUGGGGGAUUAUUCCGUCUCCGUAGGCAAGGCACGGUCCGUCAAGCUACUUGCGCAUUGCAUUGUUACCUUGCAACAAUUGCAAGCAGAACAACAACACAAAAAAGAAGAGGCACAACGGGAACGGGAACUCGAAUUGGCCUUGAGAGCGGGGGGGCACGCUAAUAAUGAAGGGGAACAAGCGCAAGAGCAACAAUUGGAGGAGGAGAAUAAAUACGACAAGGAUGAGGAAUCAAUAUCUCCUCGUGCCAUCAGACGAUCAUCCUUGUCGGACUUGGAUCGAAGAAGGAUCUUGAGUAUGAUGGAUAAGAAGAAAGAACAAGGCAACGAUGACGCAGGUGAUUCGCCUUCCAAGACACACCGGAAAUCAGACGACACCAGAGCACCGUUACGACGUACCAGAACUAUGAAUUCCGUGGAUCGGACACCGUUUCGACGUACUAGAACCACCACAUCCGUCGAUCAGUGGAGGAAGCAUCGUAAACUUCGGCGCAAUUCUAUGGACAACGGAGAGGAGGACGAUGACUUGGAUUGCAGCGAAAAAUCUCGUGUUCGCAGAAGACCACAACGCUCAUCGUUGUCCCAAAGGAGAGCCUACCACUCAGAUGAUGAUGACCCGCAUCGACGACGCUUUGGGCAUGCUUCGUGGUCGCACAAAGGAGCAUUCUCAUUCUCGCUCGACGAUGAUGUUCUCGACCAAAGUGACAAUUAUCAUGUUCGACGACGACGCCAACGACACAGCGGGCGAGCCUCUCGCACCACGGAUGAUCUAGACCAGAGCGACAAUUUCCAUGUUCGACGACGACGCCAACGACACAGCCAGCGAGCCUCCAUGAAUGAUCUAGACCAGAGCGACAAUUUCCAUGUUAGACGACGCCGUCAACAACGAAAAUCCCUCAGGCGAAACUCGCUCACGGUCGAUGACCUGGACAAAAGCGACAAUUAUCAUGUGCGGCGACGCCGACAAACACGAACUUCGCUCAAACGAUCCUCUCUCUCGGACGAAGAGGAACCAAACGCGAUUAAAAACAAGUACAGUGACUUGUUCCGCAAUGGGCACCAUUCUUGGUCUCAUAGGAGAUCCGUGCUCUCCGACGAUGAUGAUGAUGAUGUUUUACACAAGAAUGGCAAUAGGCAACUGCAACAACUACACUCUUCGUGGUCUCACAAGAGAAGCUCUUUCAUCUUGCGUGAUGACCGUGACGAUGAUGACAAUGAUCUUGAUGACAGCGAAGAUUACAACGGCCAUUUCUUCCGAGGACACACGUCAUGGUCUCCUUCUGCUAGGAGACCAUCUGCUUUGCAAAACGACUUGGGGGAUGGAGACAACAGCUUCCAAACCCCAUCUCGAAAAAGUACCGGUCGAUCGCGUGCGAGAAAGAAGGAAAAGUCAAGACGCAACCGGCCAGAUAGCCAGACAUUUGAUGAGACGAGUUCCUCUUCAACCCUCUCUGAAGGCAGCGAUGGAAGCCGAGGCCAUGAGAAACUUUCAUCAAAAUCCAUGCAGGACGAAGGCAUCAUCACGGAUACCGAAUUAUUGACAGACCUGGGUCAGCGCCCCAGACGGCGGUCGUCGUUCUCGGAAAUGGAGGGACAAAAGGAGCCUUGUUUUGACUGGGAGGAUCUGAGGCUCAAAAACAGUCAGGAGGAGGAGGCGAAACAAGACUAUUCGCCACCGAAGUUACGGCGAACCAAGACAAUGCCAUUAUCGUUGGACCGGCGAAGGAAAGGGCUAGACGCGACACAACAACAAUCCUCGUUAUCAAAGCCGGACGUUGAUGUGGCGGUCUCACGAGAAAAGCUCUCCUCGAUGAGAAAGGGACUGCAACAUUCAUUAAGCCAAAUGCGCCUGGCCGAGUUCGUAGGAGCGGCAGAGUCGUCAGACGGUGUCCGGGGCGAUGGAACAUCUCGAACAACAACGAAGAAGAACGAACGGAUUUCCCGCUCCAAACGAGUCCAACGCCAUAGGUCCAUCGACGGAUCUGUCACCCGAACGAGGCUUCAUCCACCACCAACUAGAACUUCGUUGGAGAAAAAUAGCAACCACUCACAGUCCGCCAACGGCUCAGAGUCAGAAACAGCCACAAACCGGCCACAAAAUGUUUCAACAAUGCGUACAGGAGGACGCACGCCAAGACGAGGAGCCGCCAUCAAACUGCAGCGUAGCAAGACACUUGACGGCAACAUCCCUACUAAUGGGGAAGCAAUAAAGGCACAGGAUAACUCACAGUCAAACCAAACUAGGCCCAAUCGGAAAAAGAAAAAGUCGCUAAAGAGAUCCAAGUCAUCGGGAGAUGAUCGGGAUGAACCAGUGGCACCAUGGAUGUCUCUCGUGAACGCCACCAUCUCUCUGGAAAAGAAAUCCGAGGCAUCAGAACCAUUGGGGCAAUCACAGGAGAUAGCAGAAGAGGAUCCCAAGGAGCACACAACAACCACCAAGAAGGAAGAACCAAUUGCUGAGUUGUCAAGUUGCACUACUGACGCUUUGAUAGCUCUGGAAAGCCAGAUUUUCAACAACUCCAUAUCAAUUCUUGAUCUUUUUGGGGUCGAAGCGUCAGACAUGGAACAGGAUCAAAAGACUAAAACAGAAGGCAAGGCAACAACACCAGAUGCGUCCUUUGCCAAUGAUAGCAAUGCGCUGUCAGCUUCGACCAUUACCAUGGAGAAUUCGUUGUCCAGCAUGGAAGGCCCUGCGGCUGACGGCGAUGAUGAGAAAGAAACCAAGAAGCUUCACAAGUCCUUGUCAGUGUUGGAGCUAUCGCCGAAAAGUGCUUCUUCGCGGCGGAAGAAGAACAAGGCAAAACGAAAGAGGCGUUUAACAGCUCAACCAAUACCAGUACCCAUGGUAGGUCCUCUGGCGCCACAGCGCUUUUGCAACUCGAUGGCUUCAUCUUUGGACAAUGCUCGAUUCAACUUGUCCGAGAGCGAGAACAACAACAACCAAUCUGGCGCAAUAGAGACUUUGGAGAAACAGCAGGAAUUCGCACAAAAUUUGCCUCCAACAACCAGCAAGAAGGGAGAAGCUUUGAUUGCUCUGGAAAGCCAGAUUCUGAAUCACUCUGUAUCUAUGUUGGCUCUGUUCGGGGUUGAAGCAUCCGACGGGGAAGAGGAUCAAAAGGAAGUGGGAGACAAGGCGGUAGUUGCUGUGGCAUAAACCUGGUUCCCUCGGCGCUUCGUUGGCAGAUGGUCCGACUACAACAGGACCUAGCUAGCUAGACUUGCUUUUCACUAUCAUGACAAGUCGAGCUACCGGUAAUGGACUUGGUAAGAGAUUUCAGACGGCACGGAGCCAGUUGUAACAUCAUAUAUGUAACACAACUGUUACUAUGACAGAUAGGUUUUUUAGCUGCCGUGUGGACUAUGAAUCUGUGG